AUGGUUCGAAUUGGAACAUGGAAUGUAUUGACCCUAGCCCAGCAGGGUAAAUUGGCACAACUUGCCAAUGAGGCAUGCCGCAUGAAGCUUGAGAUCCUAGGACUGAGCGAAGUCCGUUGGCCGAACUUUGGAGAACACAGAUUGCUGUCGGGUCAACUUCUGUUGUACUCUGGUCUACGAGGUGAACACGCUCCUCGUCACCGUGGAGUUGGCUUCCUGCUCAGCGCGCACGCCUACCCUGUGCUAAUGAAGUGGGAGCCUAUUAAUGAGAGAAUAAUCGUUGCCAGAUUCAGAACACGGGUUCGAAACCUUACCAUGAUCCAAUGUUACGCGCCAACUGAUGCUGCCGAAAUGCAAGAAAAGGAGAACUUUUACAGUGAUAUCAAGAUCUACAUGGGCGACUUCAACGCGAAGGUGGGCUCCGAUAACUCGGACUAUGGCCUCGGAGAAAUGAGCGAAAACGGAGAGCUGCUUGCAGAGUUUUGUGGCAACAAUGACAUGGUUGAUCGGGGGAUCGUUCUUCCCCCCUUCGGCCAGUACACAAAGAGCCUCCUUGAUGUGCGUAACAAGCGUAGCGCCGAUAUAGCGUCCGACCACUAUCUCCAAAUCGGCGAGAUCCGGCUGCGUAUUGCAAGGAUUCAUCGACAGGAGGAAAAGAUCGGGCGUCGGUUUAACACACGUCGUCUGGAAGAUGCUGCGGUAAGAAGGUCCUUCGUCGAGGAGCUGAAGAACCAUGCUGCAGAGAUUCCGGAAGGUGGAAGCGUAGAAGAUCAAUGGACCGCCAUCAAGAACGCCUUCAUCGCCACCGGCGAGACCAAUCUGGGUGAGCUACGUACCCAGAGCAAACAGUGA